AUGGCGUCGGAACCGGCUUGGGCCUGCGUCGCGUCGUCGGCCUUCCCGCUCGUCUACGCCUACGGGAAGGACAUGAGCCUCGGUGGGCGCCAGAGCCGCGUGUUGGAGAAGGACCACGCGAAGCUGCUUCAGGCGCUCGAACAGCAGCUCAAGCUCAAGGGCACGACGCACGCCAACAAGGCCGAGACGCUGCUCUUCUACAGCCACGCUCCGUUUCUCACGCAGCUCGAGCUCGAACUCGUGCUCGCCCGACUCGCCGAGCAGUUCCAGGCCAUCAACCAGCUGGGCUUUCGCCUCGCGAUCUUGGAGAUGGUCCGGCGCAUCCAAGGCCAGUUCAAGCACAAGGACGUUUCCGAUGCGACCAAGGUAGGAUGA